UGAGCGGUCGCUAAAAAUGGCGCUUCCUCUCAUGUGCACUCACGCGCGAAAUGUUACAGCGUGGGUGUAAUUUCCCACCAAACACAGAAUUUAGAAGGCUGUAUAUCACGCUUAGACUACUUCACUUGUCGUGUCGCUAGGACAGCCCAGCAUGGCGCCAGUUAUUGUGUGGUUGGUGUUUAAGGUGCGGUAAUGACAUGACUUAAGAUACGGGUCAUUAUCCCAACCUGUUAAUUGACAGAUACGGAGUGAAUGAUAGUGAUUUGCAAUGUAUAUCCUUCGGCUUUUGUAAUUGUUAUCCUUUGCGCCACUGCUGUACUGUUCAAUCGCAAAGGAAUCAAAGCUGAGGGAAUUGAGGAGACUUCAGAGUAACUUAAUCAUAUCAGGAAACUGUGGGCCAUUAAUUAAAAUACUCGGAGGCAAUACGGGCUGUGAUAUUUACGGGUAAAAGAGUGGUGCUGCAGAAAACUGACAUUUAUAGCAUCCUCUGCGAAGUAUAUUAUAAGAAAUAAUUUAUUCACCUGAGAACCUAAUUUAACUGAGGCAGUGGCCAAUGUAAAGAAUAAUAAUUCUUGAGUUGCAGGUGUAGAAAUAGUAAUUUAACGUGACAAGAUUCUGGGAGUUAAGAGUGAAUGCGCUUUGUGUUUGAAACAGAACAACACAGCGUACUGCUCCUUUGAGAUAGUUUGAUAUGCUGCAAUAUCUGUAACAGUGAUACAUUUCGCUGGAGGAUGAAAAGCUCUUCCUCUGGAUAACAGUCACUCCAAAAUGCGCUACUCGUUAAUGUCUGAAAAGACUGAAAAUAUACAGUGCUGACAAUUGCUGUGCUACAGCCUAGUGAUGUAUCAUGCAAUGUUCCCACCUCACAUGAUUGCUCAUAUCAUAGGACAACAGCAACAGCAGCAAUUGAGUUAUUCAUCAGAUAACCGUGGUGGACGUUACUGCUAUAAUAUUAGCCCAUUUGAACAAAUAGAGUUGCUGCGCGGGCUUGUCGCUCUUGAUAUGCCUCCAGUCCGCAAUAAUCGUGGGUAUGGAAGGGGCAGCCAUUCACCACUAAUGCCUCCCCCAAAUACUUUAAAUUAUCAUGCCCCAACUACGAUCAAUGUGAAGAACUGUUGGAACAAAAAUUUCUCACGGCAACCACGCUGUGCUACGAGGCAGCUAAGCUCACCACCUCGCAGUAUUGCAGCCGACUCAGAUUCUGGCUUUUCUUCACGUUCUCCUACACCGAUUACGCAGCAGGGUGAAAAUACAGAAGAUUCAGCUGACAACAGCAAUAAUAAUACAUCUGUUGCACGUGAUUCUAAUAAGGGCAUCAAGAGGCUACAUGAUGUGCAUGGUGGUGGCUGCUCUUCUGGACAGCCACAACAAACAUUUUAUCAACAGCAGAAGCACCAGCAUCACCCUCACCACUAUCACCUUCACAGUCACCACCAACAUCAGCAACACCAGCCACCAUAUUACCGCAGUGGGAACAGUGGCAGUUACCAAAAUAAGCGGCAUUAUAACAACAGUGGCAGCAGCAACAGUAACCACCAGAGGCAACAGUAUACUCAGGCACUGCCUUUGCGGCACCCCAUGCAGCAGCAGCAGCAGCAGCAGCAGCAGCAGCAACAACAACAACAACAGCAGCAGCAGCAGCAACACCACCAGCAGCAGCAGCAGCAACAGCAAUUGCAGCAGUCACAGAGGCAGUCACGUAGGCGCUUUUUUCUGCCUUUUCACUCUGGUGGAUGUGGGCCACCUGUCUUUACAGCACCUGAUCAUUUCCUCGCACAUGCACAUCUCAUGCAGGUUGCUGCCUCACCACCUCCUCCCCGACUUACAAAUGGUUCUCAGUGGGAUAAGCUGUCACAAGACAUUUGGGAGAAGUUCAUUGAAAAUCAACAGACCGAGGAGACUUACAAAAAGAAGAUGCUUCUUUGGAAACAUCUUUAUAUCUUCAUUAAGAAGGAAUUUCCACGCUAUGGUCUGUUUCUUGUGGGAUCUACCAUGAGUGGAUUUGGAAGUGAUAAAAGUGAUGUUGAUAUGUGUCUUAUUGUGAGGCACACUGAAAUUGAUCAGCGCAAUGAAGCAGUCCGUCAUCUUGAACAGAUGCUCCACUACUUGAGGUGCUGUGAUUUUGUGGAACGUCCAGAGCUGAUACAAGCUAAAGUGCCUAUUCUUAAGUUCAGAGACACUCAGUGUGACUUUGAAGUGGAUCUUAACUGUAACAAUGCUGUGGGAAUCCGCAACACACAUCUACUUUACUGCUAUUCUCAGAUGGAUUGGAGAGUUCGACCUCUUGUGUUAAUUGUGAAACUUUGGGCCCAUGCCCAUAACAUAAAUGACGCAAAGAACAUGACAAUAUCAAGUUAUUCCUUAGUGUUGAUGGUAAUUCACUUCUUGCAAUGUGGAGUUGCUCCCUCAGUGUUACCUUGCCUUCAUGAAAUAUAUCAAGGAAAAUUCAGUCCGCAUUCCGAUAUACAUAGAAUCAACAUUCAUGAAGAAUUGCGGCCUUUUCAUUCAGAUAAUGUUCAAACACUGGGUGAACUGUUUGUUGAGUUUCUGCGCUACUAUGUGGAGUUUGAUUUCAGCCAGUAUGCUAUUUCUGUGAGAGUUGCUGGAAAGAUCCCCAUAGAAGAAUGCCGUCACGUGCGGUCUUACAAGAAUGAUCCUCAUCAGUGGAAAUACUUAUGUAUUGAAGAACCGUUUGAUCUCACCAACACUGCCCGUUCUGUGUAUGAUCGAGACGUAUUUGAGAAAGUGAAGCAAGUAUUCCAGGAUUCUUAUGAGAAGCUGAAGAAAACCCGUGAUAUUGUAAGCAUUUUUUGAAUGGACAGGGGAAGUCGUAGAAUAAAUGAACUUUUGUUAAUGGACUGCUUUUGUUUUUCAUGUGUGAAAUGGCACAAAGAAAUGUUGAACUGGGUUUAAGCAUUAAUCGUGACUUACACGCUGGUUGUGACAUAAAAAGAAAUAUUCCUAACAUGAUGUGAAAACAACAUUGUGAACAGGUAACUAAAAUGGACUGUUCACUCACCUAGUCAGAUAAAUAUUACUUAUGACUGUGAUGAAGAUUGGAGCUUUAAGAUGAAUAUAUUAUGCCUUUUUCUCUUUUUAUUUAUGUAUGUAAUUGUUGAUUUUAGUUAACAUGCAUGUCUUCCCUGCAGACAUUGUGUAUGUGGGAGUAGGUGGUUUUUCUAUUAUAUUAUAAUGUUACUUGUAUGAGUCUUUUCAGAAGGAAAAAUUUUUUAAUUUUUAACAAAGUAUUAGGUAUUCCUUUCUUUUUAAAAUGUUUUGUGUGAAUGUUUUGCUUUGUUAAAUCAUGAAAACCAGUAGCACUACAAGAGUUAUGAGAACGUAGUGCUAUGUCUGGAAAAAAACAGAAAAAAGAAAAAUGGAAAAAAUACUUGUUAUGGAAUUCAAUUGUAUUAAAUGUUCAAAUGCCAUGUUUCAAACAUAUUGUAGUUAAGAGAAGAGAAAUAUAAAACAUCGAGAAAUCUUUUUGAUACUUGUGUUAGUACAACUCUUCUAAUCUCUAGUGAAUGCAAAGUGUGUGGAUGCCUAACGAAGAAAAAAAUUAUUACAAAAAACUUUACUCUUACAUACUACUGAUCCACCUAAUUUUAAAAACUGUGAUGUUGAUGCUUGUUUUAGACUUUUGUGGAACACUGUAGAAACAGUAUUUUGUGUACAAUUGAAUUAAGGAUUUUGUUUACAUUUAAUUUUUAUAUAGGUAGUGUUUAACAAGAACUUUCUAAGUGCAUGUUGUGGGACAAGUGUAUUUCAUAUGUUUGGAACAGCGAACUGUUAACAUAAGCAAUAAAUACUGUGGAUUCAGUUAAUAAUGUGCAGAACCAUUGUAGGAGGAGUCUCUGUAUUAUUUUAUUUUUUUACAUUCCUUUUGGUUUUUUUUUUUUUUUUUCCAUUUCUGUAUACUCGAGAUUUUAAUCAUUGCUACAUACAAAGUGCUGGACACUGAUAACUUUUCUCAGAGUCAAAAGCAAUGAUUGUUCUUUUUAUAUGUGUUUAGAAUAGUGCUUUAAAUAAAAAAGAAUAUAUGAAAUAAGUCGCAUAUCUCAGCAGACUGCAAAAGACUAACUGACAUUGUUGUAUUUAAAUAUUUGACGAAGUGUCGAAGAUGCCUUUACUUGUUACUAAAUACUCAUUCACCGUUGGAAUAUUAUUGGUAACUGAGGAUUAUCAGGCUUGGUUUCUUAUUGAAUCUUUAUUAUUAUUAUUAUUAUUAUUAUUAUUGUGGUUGUAUACUUUCAGUAAUUUUAUUGUGAGCUCCUGCAUCUUGCCUUCCAACUCUGUGCUUUCACUUCUUUUUGGAAGAGAUCUCAUAAAAAGAACUGAUAUUUAUAUUUUUAUGAAUUAUUGCAUGAAUGUUGCCCAAGAGAAAUGUAUUUGUAGCUGAAUCUGUAUGAUCAGUGUACUUAAUGAUGAAUGUCUCAGUUUUGUUGAGUGUUGUAACCAAAGUGCUGCUCUUUUUGUGCAGUUGAGCAAUUGUAUCUGAGAGCAAAAAAUGUGAAUGUAUGUGAUUUAAAAGGCAUCUAGUGUAAAAUAAGCCUAAACAAUCUGCCAUUCAUGGAAUUACUGUGAAGGCCUUUAAAAAUGACAAAUUAUGAAGUGUCUUAUGACCCAAUUAGUGCCAAAGAGUGUUUCUGGACUGCAAUGAAGUGGGUAUCAUUAAAAUAGUAUUCUUGUACAGGAAGUCAAUAUUAUGAACUGCACUUUUGUUGCCUUCCAUAUAACUUCUGUUGUUUCUAUAUGUUUUGUUACUUAUUUUAUAACUAUAAAUUUUAAAGACAAUACGAAAUGA